UUUAGAUUGCAACUGGCAUUAAACUCAUGCAGAAAAAUUAUAAAAUACAGAUAAUGCAUGCUCUUAUGACCUACAAAAGUCAUUACUGUAAUGCUCUACUUUCUGGUCUGCCAAAGUAGAUGGUGCCUCACACUGUUUUCAUGCCACAUAUACCGGGCGAGUGGGUCAUUUUUGCAAAUAAUUUUCUAUUUAAACUGUACUGUUUUUAUUCUACAGAUUCAUAAUGGCAGAGAAACUGACAGAUGUUGCAUCUUUCUUGAGGGGUAGAGGUGUUCCAGAGGAAACAGUCAGUUUAAUUGAAGAGCAAAAGAUUGACAAAGAGGUCAUUAUGCUAAUGGAAGAUGUUCAACUGGCCCAAUAUCUUCCAUCAUAUGGAGACAGGGUUGCGCUGUUCAAUUUUUGCAAGCUUAACACAAACCCAUCAAAGCGAAAACAGGGUCUUUUUGAGAAACUAAGAGAGAAACUGAAACUUAGAAAGGAAACCCACAGAGAGGAAGAAGAGCCAGACACAUCUCACAAAGCAAAAAGUAGAGCAAAACGGUCCACAAGAAAUGUUGAAAUAGGAUGGAUUCACACUGACAAUGAAGUGACAAAGCAGGUCAGAGCAAAACAAGGUGGAGGGACAAGAAAAGUAACAAUGAAGAUUCAAGCAGGUUAUGAUGAGAUUCUGAAACAAGGAAAAGACCUGUUCUUUCCAGAGGGCACAUCUAGCAAAGGUAAUGAAUCUGACUUUGAAUUUGAUGUUUGGGACUUCAAACAAAAUCCUCUUCCCAAAGAAGUUUUAAUUGAAAGCAUUUACAGCACUGUAAAACUCCCAAUUUUGCGCUUCUACUUAGCAACUAAACCAAAAAGGAGGGAGGAGUCUGAUGAUGAGCUUAGCUUUGCCAGUGCUGCUAUUCAUGUAUCUGAGCCUGCAGUAGAGCCAGCUGAUGAAGGGUCAACACUGGACUUAAUAAGUGACAGAAAUCAGUUGGGGUUUAUAAAUGAACCUCACAGCCCACUUCAAGAGUUGUUUUUUUUCUCUGAAGAAAGCAUUGAGUCAUCAACCCAUGAAAAUCCAACAAGCUCAAGCACAUUUAUAAACGUAAUUAGCGAUCCCAUCGCUCUGUCUGUGGAUGCCAACUACAUUGUUUUAAGCGAUGUUUCAGAAGUAAGUGAGGUAGAUAACUCUGACCCUGAAAUCAUAUUUGGUGCACAGCAAACAACUAAUAAUGAGUCUCUCAGUGACACACUGCUCUACCAACCUGAUGACUUUCCUCCAAGCCCUCUUCAUACUUUGCCUGAAAUAACCUUGGUCUUACACCACACAAACAGCUUCAAUGAAAUGAUAGAGGCAUUUUCUAACCCUGAGAUCAUGAACAAAACCUUGAAAGUAAAACGUAUACUUCCUGACAACUCAGUGGAAAAGGGCAGCGGUUCUGGAAUUGUCAGAGACAGCUUCAGUAGCUUCUGGGAAGAGUUUUAUGAACGGUGCACCCUUGGAACAACUUUGAAAGUGCCUUUUCUGAGGCAUGAUUUCAGUGCUGCUACAUGGAGAGCAAUUGGAAGAAUUCUUUUGAAAGGAUUCCAAGAUUACCAAUACUUUCCCAUCAAGCUAGCCCCACCUUUUGUAGAGGAAUUGCUUUUUGGGGCAGUUCACAGUGAUUUGAAGACAAGUUUUCUUCAGUUUGUGAGCUGCCAAGAGCAGGAUGUCAUAAGACAGGCUCUAAAUGACUUUUCAUCUGUUGAUGCUGAUGACCUUCUUGAAGUGCUGACCACCUAUGAGUGUAGAAAAAAACUCUCUACUGCUACCCUGCCACUUAUAUUGGAUGAGAUCUCUCACAAGGAACUUGUGCAGAAACCCAUGUUUGUGAUCGACUGCUGGAGGGAUAUCACAAAGCCACAUUUGCAUCUGAACUCUGAACAACUGACCAAAAUGUACAGUGACCUCAAACCAUCGCCAAGGAAAGUGGUAGGAAUACUGAACUUUCCUGCAGGGAUGACACAGAAGGAAGCAGAGGUGUCUCAGCACCUAAAAAGAUACAUCAGGGAACUUAAUGAAGAAAAGCUGGGAAGAUUUUUAAGGUUUUGUACAGGCUCUGAUUUGUUGAUUUCUGGUCAAAUCAAUGUGGAGUUUGCUGUUCAGAGCAGUUUUACAAGACGGCCCGUUGCCCAUACAUGUGGAAUGGUCUUGAAACUGUCUGACAGCUAUGAUCAUUUUCCUGACUUCCGCAGUGAAUUCAAUUCCAUUCUAGAGAGCAAGAUCUGGAUAAUGGACAUUUUGUAGGCAGGAUUUGUGGCGUCAAAUGUUACUGCUGACUUUUUCAGUCUGAAAUAUUGUUACAGAGUUCAGUACCUCCACACACAAGGUUCAAGGUUCAAACAAACAGAUGCAGUCAUCAGCACAGAUUUUUAUAACAGACAUAUUAUAUUGCACACACAUAUUUCAGAAAAAGCAUUUCUAACAGAAUGUUCAAAAAUAUUUCAGUUACGUUAAAAAAAAGUAUUUAUCGGUUGUGAAAAACAGUUUAUCAAAUUGUUUACAUAAGUAUGUAUUGAUCUGUUGUAAUCAAACAGAGGUUGUAUAUUGUUUACAGAAAAUUGUAUUUGUGUUUGCAUCAAACUGAUGUUUUUCAUGUUUACAGAACAUAUAUAUUGAUCAUUUGUGAUCAGGCAAUCGUUGAAGCAUUUUUAUUUGUUGUUAUAGAUUACAAAAGUGGGCCAUUGAAUAAGACACUGGAUUUCUUGAGGUCAUUUUGUAUAAAGACAUUUUAUUCUGAAUCUUAAGUUACUUGUGAAGUUACUAAAAGAUACGUUCGAUACAAUUGUGUUUGAGUCAAUUUGACAAAAACCGGCAUCUGCUGAACAUUUCAAAAGUUCACACAUCAUAAAACAGAUUUCCUAAAUGUAGUUGCUACACUUACAAUACAAUGUGGUACUUGCACUUUACACGAGUAUUUCUAUUUUACUAUUCAGGUUUUUUUCUACAAUUCAGAUAAAUAUAUUGCAUGUAGGUACUAUUUACA